CUGCUGGAAGACUGAACAGAGUGUGGAUCGAUGGAUGGCUUCCAAUUUCCGGUGGUCACGUUGCCGAAAUGAGAAUCUGUAGCCUUUUUCGGGGUGGAUGUGCCCGUUCAAACGACAACCAAAAUUUUGUUCAACCAUCUAUAAGCGUAAGUUGGAACUUCCACCUCAAAUAGGUGAGUAGAAUUCCUUUCAUCUUAUUGAAGCGCUGGUAAAAUAUUAACAAGGAGCAACAUGUCAUAUUUAACGAUUCGACCAACCCGCUAACGAAUCCGGCCUCCAGCAGAAACGUGAACUUGAACUUAGACACCGCAAAACUAGACAGACAGACUAAAGCAUCGCACCAUAUCUGCCAGGUCUCACCAGUUAGUAGUGUGUGCAAUAAAAAUUCCGAAAGCAAGAAAAAAAACGAACACUAAAAAUCGAAACAUGAUAUCCAUUCUGCAUCGCUGAAGAAAACUUUAAUUGAAGCAAUCGACCGCGGAACGAACGAAUGAGAACGAAGGAAAACAUAAACAAUUUUAAGGCGCUCGACGUGUAUGUGAAAUUUACGUCAAUCGUUUGCAUACAGAAAGUUUGCCGGUGCGAAAAAGCGCGUCCACAGCGAUUUGCAAGCCAAAACAACACUGACUGACUAAACCCGAACCGACGAAUGCAUGCCGAGUCUUUGGCCUCUACAAGCCAACGUGUUGCACCAAUACAAGCACACGGGUCAGUUGACUUCUACGCGCACGCAAGCCGGCACUGGUAUUAUUGGGGAUCCAGAAUCAGCGUAACAGAACCCGAGCGGGCGGUAGAAAGAAUAGAAAAAAUCCGAGCACGUCUUCGGCACUCGGUAAAAUAAAUCGUGUCUUCACACAAAGCCGCAGCAGCACGCGGAAGAACGAUACGACGACAACGACGACGGCAGUCUGUGAAAAUUUGCCAACAUCCAGAGGACGCAGUCAGUUAGUCGGUGGUUGGCAAGCUAUCGGUGCUGAUUCAUUGUAUCAUUCAUCAGAAGGCUGCCGCGCGACGAGCAAGUGUUUUCUCGAAAGCAGUGCUUGGGGAAUAAAGAAUAGUUAAUCCCUGUGUGAAACGAUUUUAAUUUUCUAUAUGAUAAAUGCAAAAUGAUAGAAGAAUAAGAUGCUCGAGAAAACAGUGUCGUGGGAAAAAAAAAGUCGACAAACGCGUGCGAUCAGUUCUUAGUGAUAUCGGAGCGGAUGCGUGAUUGUCAUUGGAUACAGUGGAAUCAGUGAAGAAGCACAUCCAAAAAGGCGGUCAUAUCAUAAAUUAGCCUGUGGAUUUCAGUGUCAAACGAGUGUGUCUGUGAGUGACAAGCAAAGAAGCAACAAUGAAACUUCGGUGCCAAUUGCAAUAGCCACGCCGCAUCACUAUGAGGUGUGACAGUUGAAGCGAAGACAAGCGAAGAAGCGAAACUUUCAGUUUGUAUGAAAUUGUGCACACAAAAAUGACGAAAUCCAACCAAGCGACCAAAAGUGAAACUAGCGUAGCACAAUGUUAGCCGUAGACUGCCUGGUCGGUGGAUUAUUACUUUGCUCGAUCGGUGUGAAUAUCCUAGCGCUGGGCGCUUUCUGGGUCACCCCAAGUUUACGAACGACUGCGAAUCGGUUCGUGAUUAACUUGCUGAUUGUGAACUUGGUAUGUUGUAUAAUUUUGGGUCCUUCGUUGUUGCUAAAUGCAUUUACAUCGAAAACGACGGCAUCGACGGUCUCACCGUCAACGGUGGUGGUAUUUGCCGCAUCCACCGUGUCAACCUCGACGUCAAACACAACGGCGGCAACGACCUCCGGAAACACUGGACUUCCAUACGCGACCGUAGUGAAUGCCACCGCGAGUGAGGGAAGUAGUGUGAAUAAUCAAACUGAUAGGAUAGUUAAAUGCUUGAACGCCACCACAACUACCACCACCAUUGAAUGUGAUACUAUAUUGAUAAGAAGCAAUGUAAAUAUUGAAGAUGUGCUGCACGUGAAAACUUCUCGUGAUGAUGUAAUCGAUCUGAAACUGACGCUAACCAAGAUAAGAUGUUGGGGGCUCGACUUGGCCGUAGCUCUUGGUGCUCUCUCGGUACUGCUAGUAGUCGGUGAUACAUGGUGUGCCAUUACCGAUCCCCUGCGGUACCAUUCUAGAAUUUCCGAGCUCAAGGCUUGGGCAUUUAUUGCAACGACCUGGCUGCUGGGGAUAGCCUUCGGAAUUGCUUCCGGAUUUCGUGGUGAUCAGAAAAACAUAACUCUGUUCAACAACCGGAUAACAAGUGCUGAAGCAGCGGCAGCACUCGAAUCUAGUCAUUUAAAUAAUAAAAACCUAACGGCCGUCCACCACGAUAAUGGCCUCAUAAAUCAUCUCAACAUUUCCGAGGAUUUGUACAAUACUAUUUUCUCAUACACAUACUUUGUGAUUGUGAUUCUGUUGCCAUUUGCGCUAGUAUGUGGCAUGUAUUGGAGGAUAUUUUCGGAAGCUCGUGAGAGCGGUCAACGGAUGCGGCAAAAUGGAUCUUCUCCGCUGUUGCAGAGUGCACUGAAUCUGGCAGCCGCGUCGGCACAGAAGCAAGCAGAAAAACAAGCCGAACAGCUGCGCCAGCACUCGGACCGUGACGGGUGCGACGGGCUGACUAUGAAAAUCGAUAAGCAGAUUCAUUAUGAAGAUGAAACCAUCACUGUAAAUAGUAUUCAACAAAACAGUAGUAUUAAAAACAAGGAUGUCUGUCUGAAGCCUUUGUUGUCACCAACGCCAACACCCACACAUCAGUGUAAGCAAAUUUUGGAAGACAAACCGGCAAUAGUACAAAUUGCAAAUAGUACCACCGCAGUAGAGCUACUGUCCACACCAAUUAGCAGACCAAAGCCAUCAAUGAAACAAGACCGCAAUCACAACAUCAUGCAAACGCCCCCCAUAGAACCACCGGGCAAAAUUCGACGCAACCACAGUGCCGGUCGGUUGGUCAGCUUUAGUGAACAAAAUCAGGAAAUACGGCCUGGCUUGCGACAGGUUCACUCAACUCCAAACUUUCAAAAACUCGCUUCACAGGAGUUUGACCACAUCGGUAAUCACCACAUUCUGUCCCUGCCAGCUGUGCACGUGCCACCCAAGGCACUCAGUUACAUGACUUCAAUUCGACAUCGACUCUCGAAUGCAUCUUCCUUGUUCAAAUACCGCGAAGAAUCACGUGCAGCUAGAAUCAGCAUUCUGGUGAUAAUUAUGUUUCUCGUAUCGUAUCUCCCGUACGGAGUACUGGUGCUGAUGCAAGGCCACGUAGACUUGGUGCUGGUAUCCGACCAAGCACUCCUGGCGAUAUUCACGGUGGUCGUCGCCAAUCUCAGUUCGCCGUUCAUCUUCGCUUAUCGGAAUAAGCGGGUCCGUCGGGGCGUCAAGCGGUUGCUCGGGAUUGACAAGAAAACCAACGAGCGGCUGCAGAAGCUCACCAGCAGCAACACCCACUUCAACAACAACAACUACAACACCAACAUCAGCUUUCAUCAAGCCACACCCAACGGGACAGCCACCGGAACCGGACCGGAUGGGACCGACUCCAAUGGGCACCACCACCAUCCGUUCGGGCCGCAGCACAAAUCGCACAAGGUACGAAUCGCCAGUCUCUCGCGGAGUAAUAGUUCGUGCAAGUACCUUACCCCGAACCAUGCGGCCGCCGUCGCCGUGGCCAACGGGUUCAUCGUCGAGUUCGAGCGGUAUCCGUCGGACGAGCUCAACAGCUUGUGCAUCCAGAAGAAAUCGAUACUGAAACGAGUCUGUGAUAGCUCCCGGAAGUGGGGCUGCAACUUUGCCACCAACUCCUGCACCAGCAACGACGAGCAGACGGAGGUAUAGCUGUAAGUUGAUUGGAGGGGUGUAAGGAUGGGAGAUGUUAGGGUUUAAUAUAAUUAUUUUUCUGGGUGGUGAGAACCAUGGCCCUGGAUAUGUUCGGUGUGAAGUGGCGAUGAUAACUCUUCGGUACGAUGUGAAACAUUGACUAGACUGUUGGUCUUCAGUGAUGGUAGAUUUCAUUCUAGCGUAGUGCCUUAAGUAAAGAAAAAUUACCCCAUUUACGGUCAAGAACUUCAAUUAUUUAUUGCUUUUAUUA